CUGCAGAUUAUUGGUCUGGAAGGUAUCCCAGUGUAUACGCAUUUUCUCCUGAGCGAUCAACACUGGCAUUUCGGGUGGUUUUUAUGUGAUUUAUGGUUAAUGAUUGAUUAUGUUGUGUGCCUCGCCUCUAUCUACACCGUCCUUGGUAUUACUAUCGACAGGUAUUGCUCAGUAAAGUAUCCGGCUGCUUAUAGGAAUUGGAGAACUCCGAAGAGGGUUAUUUUAACGGUAGCUAUUAUAUGGCUGAUUCCUACAAUAUUAUUUGGUUUGUCCAUAUUUGGCUAUGAUAAAUUUACGGGCGAACGAAUCCUAAAAGACGAGGAGUGUUAUGUGCAGUUCAUGGCCAAUCCAAUCCUCAAUAUGGGCAUGUAUAUUUCCUAUUACUGGUCCACACUGUUCGUGAUGUUGUAUCUCUACUGGGGCAUCUAUCGCGCUGCGAAAUUGCUCGCUGCAAAAAGUGAACAGAAAAAUAAACGAGUAGCGAUGCUAAGCGAAAUGAAAAAGCAAGUAAAACAAGAAACGCCAUCGGUGGCAACUGGAAAAAGCAGCGAACAGGAAAGUCCACCUGAUACUUCAUCUUCAUCCCAAUCCAGGUUCAACGAAUUUUGCACCUUUUUACUUAUGCUCACUCAAACUAAUGUUAAAUGUCAGUAUUUUAUUCGUGACAAAAAAGUUGGGGUGUUAAAAAAUCAGCAAGAAUCUCAGCAGUUUCUUGGUUUUGAUCUGUUUUUGCCGAGUAGCGCUAAAGCGCCGCAACAAACAUCAAAAACACAUGCUGCUACGACCCUGCGUGUGUGUGUUCGUUUGACCGAGUCUUUUUGCUCAGCAACUAUGCAAGCUUUAGAGCUGAAAUUUUGAAA